AUGCAUUUCCGAUCAGCCUUCCUAGCAGCAACUGCUUUGUUGACCACUGCGAACGGUCACGUUUUUAUGAAGUCACCUGUUCCAUACAGUGUUGACAAGCUCGACAACAGCCCAAUCACAAAAUCUCAAUACCCGUGCAAAUCUCAAAACGGCUUUACGGUUUCUACCAUGAACGCCAUGAAAGUUGGAGAAAAACAAACAAUGGCGCUCUCAGGAAGUGCAGUCCAUGGAGGCGGAUCUUGCCAGUUGAGUGUGUCAUUAGACACCGAGCCCACCGCGAACUCUAUUUUCAAGGUUAUCAAGUCCAUGGAAGGAGGAUGCCCAGGUGUAGAAUCACAGGCACUAUCUUACGACUUCGAGCUUCCUGCAAGCAUUCCGAAUGGCAAGGCGACCUUUGCUUGGACAUGGUUCUCCAAACUCAGUGGCCAGCCUGAGUUGUAUAUGAACUGUGCACCCAUCGACGUCACAGGAGGCGCCAGCGACAAGUCCGCUUUCAAUUCUCUCCCCGAUAUGCUAGUUGCCAAUCUCGAUGACACUUGCAAAUCCGUGCCCAAUUUUGCUGUUCAGUUCCCUACUCCUGGGGAUUCUGUUCAGAAGGGCGCCACAAAUGACCUCAAGCCCCCUACCGGUAGCGGCUGUGGCAAAACCUCUGGGACUACACCUGCUGAGCCCUCGAGCCCUGGUGGCGUCUUCGCUCCUGCCAAACCUACUGCUCCUUCACCGGCCAAACCUACCGCUCCCUCCUCUCCCGGCACCGUUACGCCAUCUCCUCCUACUUCGGGCGGUGGUGCUUCGACCACGUGCACUUCCAACGGCGCGAUCGUCUGCAAUGGCACCACUCAGUUUGGUCUCUGCAACAACGGAAACGUUGUUUGGCAAGCUGUCGCUGCUGGUACUACUUGUGCCAACGGUGUCAUCUCAAAGCGUGGCUACAAUGGGCGUAUUGCCCGACGGCGGUACGCGAGCCGAAAGGUCGCUGUACCCGCGGUUUAA